AUGGCGCUAGUACCACCCCAGAACCAGCGCGAAGCGCGCCCACCGCCGGACGCGGAAGCAGCAACUGCGCCGCCGCCGGACGCGGAAGCGGCGCCGCCGGCGCUCGCGGCGUCGCCCGUUCCCGCAGCGUCCUCCCGACCUGCCGAGGCAGCCGUUGCAGCCAGUGCGAGGUCCGUCAACGCGGAACGCGCGGUCAACGCGGUCAACGCUGGUAGCGCGGUCAACGCGGUCAACGCGAAUUGCGCAGCAGAGGCGGUCAACUCUGCCAGCGGAAGCGGCGACAUGAUGAGAAUGUGCGACCUCCCCAACGCGGUCCAGCUUCGCAUCCUCUCGCUCCUCGCUUCUCCUCCUCCUUCCCUGCCUGCCGCCCCGCGGCAGCAGCAGCAGCAGCAGCAGCAGCACGAAACGCCUGUCUCCCUUCCGACCAGCAGUGGUAGUAGUAGUGUCAGUGUCAGUGCUGCUCCGGGUGGGGAGAGUAGAGGAGUGCAAGUGAGUGCGGGUGGGGGGCCGCAUGCGGAGGAAAGAGGGGAGGAGAAGCAGGAGGAGCAGGAGGAGGAGCAGGAAGAGGAGGACGAGGAGGAGGAGCAGCGGGUGAGGGCUGCAGUGGCGGAGAUGAUGACACGUGGCUAUGCUGUGCUGGAUGGCUUUAUGGGAAUGGCCGAGGCGGUGGCAGCAAGGGCGGAGGCAGAGCAGCUGCGAUCGGCGCAGUGCAUGCGACCCGCACGCAUAGGCGGGGGGCAGGGUGGAGCAGCAGCAGCAGCAGCACUGGCGCUGGCACUAGCAGCAGGAGCAGGUGCAGGAACAGGAGCAGGAGCAGGAGGAGCAGGAGGGGCAGGAGCAGGGGAAGGGAUGAGUCUGGUGGGGGGUCCGCAGGUGGAUGAGAGGGUGAGAGGCGAUGUGCUGGACAACGGCACUCAGUACGUGCGGCACACGGAUCUGCCCCCCUCCAGCCCCCACCGCAGGGGCAACGGCACGCGAUAUGCACGGCACACAGACCGGUCCCCCUCCAGCCCGCACCGCCGGGUGACAGUUCUCUACUACCUCAACCCUGCCCGGGACCCCGCCUCCAUGGGCGGCAACCUGCGGCUGUAUCUGCCUCGCGCGUCUCAUGUGAGGGACGGUGGUGCUGUAGGCGCAGCAGCGGAAGCAGCAGAUGAAGCAGCAGCAGCAGCAGCAGCAGCAGCAGCAGCAGCAGCAGCAGCAGCAGCUGUUAGAACAGGGAUGGGUCAUGCAUACAGGGCUGGUGGCGGUGGCGGUAGCGGUGGCGGUUGUGACAGCGAGGGGAAGCACCAAAAGGGAGGGGUAGAGGUAAAGGAGGGAGAGGAGGGAGAGGAGGGAGAGGAGGGAGAGGAGGGAGAGGAGGGAGAGGAGGGAGAGGAGGGAGAGGAGGGAGAGGAGGGAGAGGAGGGAGAGGAAAAGGAGCAGGAGUGCAGUGUGGACAUAGCGCCCUUGGCGGACCGUCUUCUGCUGUUCCUGAGCCAUAUACCCCACGAGGUCUUGCCCUCGCACGCCCACCGCUUCUCCCUCACCUUCUGGUUCUGCUGCUCCCCGCACGCACAGCAGGCGACUUCUGAGGCGCCUAAGUCGGGAGUGUGCUGCACUGAUGGCCCGCACUCGCAUAAACAGGAGGAGCGGACAUUGCAGAGGGGAGGCGUGCAGGAGGGAGGAAGUGGGGGGCUAGGAGGUUUUGAGAUGUCUCAGCAGCACUCGCAUGGACAGGAGGAGCGCUCAGCGCAGGGAGGACGUGUGCAGAGGGGAGGAAGAGAGGGGCUAGGAGGGAUCGCGGAGGAAGACCGUGCGGUCACCACUGAAGCGCUGCUGUGCUCUCUGCCGGCCUGCUACCACUCGCACAUAAGACAGGUGGUGCUACCAGCAUGCAUGGCACGGGGUCCCUGUUGGGCGAGGGCCAUAGCACAGCACAUGUGGCAGGGCGAAGAGUACUACCUCCAGGUGGGCGCCAGGUGGGAGGCAGAUGGGCAGCAGGUGGGCGGCAGGUGGGCGGCAGGUGCGCGGCAGGUGGGCGGCAGGUGUACAUUAAUUGACUCUCACAUGCGCUUUGUACCCGCAUGGGACACCCAACUCCUUGCCUUCCACUUCCGCGCCUCCCACCUCGCUCCCAAGCCCAUCCUCUCCUCCUACCCCCCUGGCUACUUCGGCCUUGGCCCUUCCGCCGUCAUCCCCCCUAUAGACCUCUCCUCUGCUUGCGUUCUCCUGUGCGCGAGCCAUUUCAAUGAGAGAGACGGGAUGUUGAGGAUUAAAGGGAGGCGGGUGAGCAGUGGGAGGAAGGGGGAAGGUGGGGAGGAGGAGAGUGACUGGAGUGGGGGGUCUGCAGAUGCGGAGGAAGGGAAAGGGGGACGGGCGGGAGGAGGCCGAGAGGAGGAGGAAGGAGGGCCGAGAGAGGGAGGUGGAAGAGAUGGAGAUAGAAGAGAGGGGACGGGUGAAAAGGAAGGAGUAGGAGUUAAGGGUGGGGUAGAGACGGAGAGGAAGGAGGGAGCGGUGAUACAGGAGAGAGGGGCAAUCCAGUGGACAGAGAUGGGCGAGGGUUCUCCGGGUUCUCCUGUGCCUUCGCUGUUCUGGGCUGCUGGGUUCUCCUUCUCCUGCGCAUCAGUCAUCCGUGAGGUGCUCUACGACCCCGCGCUCUCCUUCCUCUUCUUCGGGGAGGAGCUCUCAAUGGCACUGCGUCUCUUCACGCACGGAUACGACUUCUUUGCCCCACCACUGCCUCUCGCCUUCCACCAGUGGUCCCGCGCCUACCGCCCCUCUCUCCCUACUGUUAUUGCGCCCUCUCUCGCCCCCACUCUCGCCCCCGCACUCGCCCCCACUCUCGCCCCCGCACUCGUCCCCACUCUCGCGCCCGCACUCUCGUCCUUGUCACCGUCUUCUAUAGAAGAAGUUACCAAGGCAGCCGCUAAGGCAGCAGCACAGGCGCGGGUUCAGCUGCUGCUGUGCCCGCACGGGGCAAACGGUGCAGGGUGUGAGGGCAAGGAGAGUGGGGAGCAGCAGCAGAGUGGGUGCAGGGAGAGGGAGAGAGCAGCAGCAGUGGUGGCAGCAUAUGGUGUGGGGGAACGGCUAGAGUGGAGUGUUGUGCCUUGGACAGACGUGCAUGGCAGGCCUCAGGGCACAGUCAGGGCACUCAAGGAAGCAGAGCCUCUGCUCAAAGAAGCUGAAACUAGUUUUGAGUCGACUCAUAAACGGACAGACGUGCAUGGUAAGGUUCAGGGCACAGUCAGGGUUCUCAAGGAAGCAAAGCCUCAUAACUCUGCCUCUGCUCCUGCUGCUCCUGCUGCUGCUGCUGCUGCUGGUGCUGGUGGUUCUGUUGCCGCUCCCUCUGCGGCACCUGCUGUGUCUGUCAGUGCUGCUGGUUGCUUGAUGGUGGGCAAGGGAGUGGGAGUGGGGACACAGCGCACGGUGCAGCAGUUUAUAGAGCACUGCGGAGUGGACUUCUGCAGGAAGGUGGUCAGUGAACGGGCCAGGAAUGGUGGUCUUGACGCCUCGUGCUUCGUGGAUGUUGGUGGUGAUGGUGGUGAUGGUGGUGAUGGUGGUGAUGAAGCUGCUUGUUGA